UAGCAGUAUAGCCUCGUGGUGGAUCAUGUGAUAGUCAAGAGGUGUGGCGAGGCGAGAUAUAAGGCGUGUGAGGAGGGAGAGAAGGAGAGAGAGGCCGCGGCCCGCCGAUUACGACUGUGCUCGCCAUGUUGGAUGUAAACAACUCCAGAUGGCCAGCUGCUGCUGGAGGUGCUCCUCUCCCUCACCCCGUCCUCGCCAGGGGCCUGGCUGGCCGCCACCCUCCUCCUGGCCAGGCCCCGGUCAAGCCGUUGAUGCUAGUGCAAGGUUAUAGCUGUUGACAAAUGAAGCUUGUUCAGUUUCAAAAUUACUGCAUUACUGUAUACCCAGGAACACCUUGGGUUCCUGGCUCAUCACUACUACAAGAAAACUGUAUCCAAAACCAUCCUUUUCUGGUGCCAGCGCCUCGGAAUCGCUAUCCAAAGAGGAAAUGGCUUCUGCAUUCUCGAUAUACAUCUGACCUUCAAAAUGUUAGUAACAUGUUGAGGUAAACAAAGAAACCCUGACACCAUAUUUUAAGGAUGGAGAAUAAAAAAAAUGAGCAGUCUGCUUUGGCUGUCACUUCAGGAGAAGCUAAAGGGACUUCAGGAGAAAUGGAAAAGAAGGAGGAUUCAUCACGCAUAAGAAGAGGGCAGUUGGACACUGUUCCUGGUAAUAUUGGUUCACAGACUGUACUUGCAACAUUGCCUGCGGGUGCUGGGACGCUUGCAUCUACCAACCAUAUUCAUGUCCAGCUUUUUGAUGGACAAGUUAUUCAGAUCACAUCGGCAUCAUUAGUAAAUUCAGAAAGUAAAGGGAAUGGAGGAGCAAGAAGAGAAUGGGAAGUUGAAGAGAGGAGAGAGGGACAGAGUGGUGUAAUUGGAAGUGAACUAACUGCUGGUGGAGCAGUGACGAUCCUCACAAGUGGCGGCAAAACAUACAUCCUUCCACAACCUUUGAGCUCUGAUGGUGCAGGUGGGGGAUUUCUAAUUACUGAAGAAGUGCUGAAUGGCGAAGACGUUCUACAGUCUAGUGAUGUACUCCAGGAGGAGCAAGUAUUGACUAUAUCCCCUCCCCAGUCCUCCUUAGAGUUUCCAUCUCCAGUUUCACAGCCUCCAGAUGCUUUAGCCAUUGCCACCAGUGAGGUUUUUAAUGAAGAUUUUGUAACUCUUCCCUUAGGUGACCAGACUGGAUUGACUGAUAGAUCGAAACAAUUUCAGUUUAAAGCUGAUGUAAGUAAUUAUCAGAUUUCUUCAGCAUUAAAUAAAGAUUACAUACAUCCAAGAACUGAAAGUCAGAGGGAAAGUGAAUCAUAUUCUGACUGCAGUGUUAUAACUAUUCAUGCUCCAAGUGUCAGAGUCAAGAAUGCUUGGCUGGAAAAGAGCACCAAAGAAUGUAAUACGAUUAAGACCAGUAAUGAUCCAAGUUAUGCAGGAGAUAAUAAAGAACAGUCAGAUCCACUGGCUUUGGAUUUUAGAGAAAGAAUACCAAGAACUUCAGAGAAUAAUGAAAAACAGUGUGAUGACUUGGACUGUGGAAAUUAUUCCUCUGUUUAUUCUAAAUGGUGUGAGACUCAUAAUUGCAUUACCAAAGACCACUCGACCAACUUUCAAAUGAAUGUGUGCUCUUCAAAGAAGCCAGUUACACGAGAGACAGAAGAAGCCAUUAACAGGAGGGAAACAAAUGUAGUCAAGACGAACGUAGAAAGAAAACCGCCUAAAAAAGAUCCGGAAGACUUAGUUACGGUUGCAAACACAGGCUGGGAAGAUGAUAGUACCGUGGACCAGAGUGCAAGUCUAGCGAAGUUGCGGCGCUCAUCUCGCAUUAGACGGUCCAAGAGAAUUCCCAGUGAAGAUGAGGACCAUCAUACAGGAGAGCCGAGCAAUAGGAAAAAACGAAAAGUCACAAAAGGAGAUGCAAACAGUGGUCUGUGGGAGUGUGAAAGUUGUGAUGCCAUGUUCAGAACCAAGGUGAGCCGUGACCGUCACAUGGAGGAAGGCCACGUGUUUACCUGUUACAUCUGUGGCUGGAAAGGAAGAAGCAAAACCAAGUAUGAACUUCACAUAUCAACAGUUCACUGCAAUCAACAGGCGCGCUGUUUGUCGUGCAGAAAGGAUUUUCCAAGCUAUGAGGCCUACAAACAACACAUGAAAACAGUUCAUCCUUCAAAUACUCCAAUUGCAGUGAAGAUGGAAAUUGAGUUUGAAUCUAAAUCUGAGGAACCAGAGGAGAAGGAAGAGUGUCGAGAAGAAGAAAGAUAUAGAGGAGAUGAGGAAGAUCCUGAUGAUCCAGACUUUAGAGAUUCAAAAGAAGCGUUAAAUAAAAAUGACGACUUUCAUAGUUAUCGUGGAUCUGGGUGCACAUACUGUGGCAAAACGUUCCUUCGUCGCAGCCGUUUUCUCAGGCAUCUAAAUUACCACAUUGGCAACAAACCGUAUAUGUGCACUUUCUGCAACAAAUGCUUUGUGGAAAAGAGUGGCCUUGAUGCUCAUCGAUUAACCCACUGCCCUAUCAAUCAGCCGUGCCCUCAGUGCGGGAAGAUUUUCAAGACACAGCGCACUAUGAGGCGUCACCUCAGGACUCAUCAGAAUAAAAUAUAUUCGUGUGACUUUUGUGCCAAAGAAUUUCGGCACGAGGAAUCGCUUAGGGUUCACAAAUCUGUUCAUAAGGAAGGAGGUAGUGGCAAUAUUUGCAAGGUGUGUGAGAAGGACUGUAAGACACCAUACUAUCUGCAGCUGCACAUGAAGACCAAACACGAGGGAGCAAAGUUUUUGUGCCUCGAAUGUAACCGAUCCUUCAAGUGGAAGCAAAGUUAUCGUAAACAUAAGGCCAUUCACCACCAGGAUUCUUAUGUGAAGUUCAAGUGCACGUUGUGUCCCCGGCAUUUCUUGACCCCUUCCGAACUUCAGCUUCACCAGAUAGUUCACUCUAGUGAAAGGAAGCAUUUGUGUGACAUUUGUGGCAAUGCAUUCAAGAACGAAUAUACUCGUGAUAAGCACAUAAAGACCGUGCAUCAGGAGGACCGAGAACACAUGUGUCCGCAAUGUGGUGCUCUCUUCAAAGCUAAGGCAUAUCUAGACCAGCACUUGGCCCAUGUCCACACCACCAAGGAGCGAGUCAAGUGCAUGCACUGCGGACAUGACUUUAAGACAGAGUCAAAUUUAAGGAGUCACAUAAAAAUCGUGCACAAUCCCCGAAAUUCGAAGUAUACUUGUAAGACUUGCAACAAAAUGUUCUUAGCACCUAAAGAUCUUGCCAGGCACUUAAAGGUUCACACAGGGAUCAAAGAUUAUUCAUGUCCAAAGUGCUGCCGCUGCUUCUCUCGUAAAGACAACAUGGCAGCACAUCUUCGAACACACACGGCAGAUCAUCCCAUGACCGUGUACAAGCAGAAAGCUGAUCUGGUUACAUGUGAUGUGCCACCACAGACACCUCAAGGAAUACCACAUAUACUUGGUCUUCCAUCAUCUAUUUCUUCUACAAACAUUUCUCUACCAAAUAUACCUGUGUCUUCUCAUAGCAUUAUUCUUCCAAAUGUUCCUGCUUCCUCCUCAGAUAUUGUUAUUUCUAAUGUAUCUCCCUCCAAUAAUAUUGUGAUGUCCAGUGUUCCUACCACAGAAAACGUUGGCCUUUGUAAUGUAUCUACAUGCUUAACUAGUACUCCAAUCUCUGAUUCUACUGUGUCAUCCAACAGCCUCACACUUCCUAAUAUAUCAAUAUCUUCCACAAAUGUUCUGCCAAACAUUGUAUCAUCAGCAAAUAAUAUUAUUCUAUCAAAUGUGUCUGUCUCAUCAACGGGCAUGUCUAAUGCACCUGGUUCUUCCACUGCUGUUGCUUACUCGGGUAUUCCUAUGUCCUGUAACCUUGAUUUCUCAAACACACAGUCUUCUAACAACAGUACGUCUCUAUGCCACACACAUUCCAACUCUAGCAAUAUGUCACUUGAAAAUACAUCAUCCUCAAAUAAUUUAAUUUUGGCCAGCUCCCCAGCAUCUUCGAAUAAUGUGAUACUCAACACAACCCCAGUUUCGUCCUCUGGGAGUCAGGCUAGUCAUCAAGUGUACAGUCUUCACCCUCAUAUCAUUACGUCAACACAGCAUCAGACUUCCACAUUACCGUCUGUUUCUCCUCCUUCCUCGGUGCCAUCGUCAGUUCUUUCUUUAUCUUCUCAUCCGUCCUCGUCGUCAGUAUUGAUGUCACAAGCAAACCGAACACAGAUGGUAUGCACACCUUUUACGCCAGAGCAAGUUGUUCUUGCCGAUGGAGUACUGAGCCCAGUGUCCAGUGUUCCAACACAUCCCACUGAUAAUUCUCAGUAUACUCAGCUUGAUCCACUGGAGGCAUCAAUGUCUUCAAGUCCCAGCAUAAACAUGGGCACAGGCUUAAAUUCACUGGGUUCAUCUAUAGGAGGAGGUCCAGCAGGAAGUAUGAGUGUGGCAGCAGUAGAAGACAGCGUUUCUCUGUCACUGGUUGGGAGUCACCAUACUGCUGCAGGAGGGGUCUCGGGUCCAGGACUUUCUAGCCCCACCUCCCUUCUCUCAGAGGCAGCUCUAAUUAUUCCUGAGAAGUCGGGUGUCUACACUAUUGUGGGUGAAGGUGGAAAAAUGACUCCAUUGGAAGCCUUCACACUUCAUCCUGUGCCUGAUUCAAACGCUUCAUCCCAUGAGUGCCCUGCAUCAUCCUGAAUACAUCCUCUUCUACAUUGUUCUAUUCACUAGUAAUAAGGUAUCCUGUGUAGGGAUAAUCUGUGGAUUUUACAGUUCCCUGUAUUUAUUUUUGUGGCACAGUAUCUUUGUAAUAUCUGGAGAAUGUCUUUAGCAUGUUGAAACUUUUAACACAUACGUGGCUGUGCAAGGGCAGUGAGGGUGAGGAGAGAAGCAGUCAGCAACUACGUGGAACUACACGAGUGCUGGAGCACAUCACGAUAAAUAGACUUGAAGAUAUAUAGUAAAUUUUUCAUGAAAAAGGAAACAAAAGAAGCAAAAGUAAGGAAGGUUGAGAUACAGUAGUUUAAUCAUUUUUGGGUACGGAAUUAGUUUUGAGGCAGCUGGUAACCGAUGCAAAUAUCAUAAUGGGGCAUCCGCAAGUGCAUUUACGCACAAACCUGCAUAGAAAGACUGUGUAUUGUACCUCCAAAAUCUAGAUUACUGUUUUGUUACCAAUCUGGAUUUGGAGACAUCUUGUACUUUUUGGCUAUGUAUCGUUAAAGUUUGGGGAGUUUUCUUAUAGCAGAUGAUAUAAGGGAGCCGGUCGGCCGAGCGGACAGCACGCUGGACUUGUGAUCCUGUGGUCCCGGGUUCGAUCCCGAGUGCCGGCGAGAAACAAUGGGCAGAGUUUCUUUCACCCUAUGCCCCUGUUACCU